AUGGCUGCUACACUUAUAGCAAGACCUCGAACAAGAGCCUACAAACCUAAAGCUAGGACAGGAUGCAAGAGGUGCAAGAUACGCAGGGUCAAAUGUGACGAGACCAAACCAUGUUGCAAACGAUGUACUACCACAGGCCGGAUAUGUGAUGGUUACGACCCCAGGUUCGUCACUCCGCGGCGCUCGCCGCUCACGAGGAUACCGCCCACGUCCACAUCUCCACCUCACCCAAACCCUAGCCAGGAGGUUGUCGACUUCGCGUCAGAACUCCGCUCCUUCAACGCGCCAUCUUUUCUCCUACCACUACUCCGUCUUGAUUCCGAUGAUGAGCGUAUCAACCUCCAAUUUUACAUGAAGCAUGCUGGCCCUACUCUGGCGCGAUCGUCCAAUUCCGCGUUCUGGCAACGCCAAGUGCUGCAAGCUGCUCAUCAGCAUGCCUCUGUUCAGCACUGCAUUAUUGCUCUGGGUGCUAUGCACAGGCGGUUCUCUAAAUCCAAACUAACACCAAACGAUUUGGAUCUGCCAGACCCGCACUUGAAGUUUACCUUGCAACAGUCGAACAAAGCCAUCCAACAACUGCUUCGAGAUCAGAUCGAGAGUGACGAUACGGGUGUAGUUGAUAAUUUGACAGCCAUGACUUGCUGUAUCCUGUUUGGGAGCAUGGCCAACCUCCAGGGGCAGCAGAAGGCUGCACUGGAUCACCUCCGCAGCGAGCCAGUUGACAUAGAUACCAACUCUCCAUGGGCACUUUUCGAGCUACACUGCCGCAUCGAGACCCUCCUCAAAGACACGCUCGCCUUGAACAGGAGCUGCGUAGUGAGCCCUGCCACCCGAGACGACAUUGAACACGAGCACGCUUUACUCGUGACCCGCUUUCAGCGCAUUUCCAACACACUUGACUCCCUCCGCACUAUCGCACCUAGCAUCAACUUCCCGGCCAACGACUCGUCCAAGACCAUGCUCCUUGUUACAGAUACCUACCACUGGCUGCGCUCCUCUGUCGAACCUCUACAACGACAUUUCAAUAUCAUCAGCCCACUGUCCACAAUCUCACACGAUCCAGUCGAGCAUUUCACAAACAUGAUGCCACACAUGAAACAUCUCCUAAGCCUCACCUCGCCCUCAACACCAGUAUACUCAGCAGCGCCGGGCCUACUCUUCGCUCUCUGGCGCAUCGGCACGAGCGCACCAUCGCCAUGCAUUGCUUUGCGGCGAGAGGCGGUUGAACUUAUGGCCAAACACUCGAGGCGAGAAGGGAUGUUCGAUGGGCGGUUGGCGGGCUGUAUUGGGAGGAUUGCCUUAGCCUUGGAGCAGAGUGCCGCACGGAGGGAACUAGAGCUAGGCGAGCAUGUCGAGGGUAGUGGGUAA